GUACUCAUGUGUACUGUAUUCCUGAUGCCGCCGCCCGCCGACUUUGGCGGUUUGCCGGCCCUGCGAAUGCCACCGCUCUUCCUAGCUGGGGUCGUACACUCUCCACGCCUCCCACGUCUUACUGCUCACCGCCACCACCCCGCCGCCUCUAUCUCGGUCUGCGACGCGUUGGCCCAUCCCUGCUCCCCGCCAUGGUCUCUCGCCCACCGAGAGUUCUCGUGGCAGGGGAAUUCCAAGCGGAAAAGGGGGGAAUUCUGGAAUAAAAGGUGGCUCGGUCUUAACUGUUGAGGUUUCAGUUGGGAGGAACUACGAAGACACCUCAUCACUAGUUCAUGGUUGCUUAUACAGUGCUCUUAUAAUUUCCAUAAGGGGCAUACAUGUUAUCAUCUUAGGCUCUUAGCCAUAGUAUGAUAGCAGCCCACAUCCCUGUAAGAAUUAUGUGGUGUAACUCUUUGUGAAGCAAGUUAAAGUCCACAUCCCUUGGUUUUUACAGUGCUGUGGAUGAUCAUCUUCUCUGAGGAGUGGCAAUCGACUAAUUGGAUCGUAAAGAGAGUCAAGAUGGCCUGAGUUUGGUUUACUGUUCGCUAUUAAGCUUAGUGGUCUGGUGUCUUCCAUACUUUCGCUGAUUAACAUUAUUUCUGCACCAUGAAUAGUGUGCAUAGUAUAGAAUCUCUGGCUGCUGGGGAUGCUCAACAUAAACUUUUCCAAACCCUUGGACCAACGCUCUUGAUUUCGAUGGCAUAUAUUGACCUUGGAAAGUGGUUGGUAGCAGUGGAUGCUGGAUCUCGGUUCGGCUAUGAUCUUGUGCUACUGGUGCUGUUCUUCAAUUUCUCAGCCAUUUUAUUCCAAUAUCUGUCAACGUGUAUCGGCAUGGUCACUGGGAAGAAUCUUGCAGAGAUCUGCUGCCUGGAAUACAGUAAGGUGAUAUGUGUUGUUCUUGGUCUCCAGGCAUGGCUAUCCUUAUUGACCUCUGAAUUGACAAUGAUUGCAGGCAUGGCAGUGGGGUUCAACCUUGUGUUUGAACAUGACAAUCUUAUCACAGCCAUAUGUUUUGCAAGUGUUGUUGUUAAUCUACUACCAUACACACUCUCCCGACUGGAUAAGGUGGCUGGGAUAUGUAAUGCCUGUAUAGCUGGAUUUACACUUCUUUGUUUUGUGCUUGGUUUAUUAAUCAGUCACCCACAUACCCCAGUCAAUAUGAAUGCGAUGUUUCCCAAGUUGAGUGGUGAAAGCGCUUAUUCACUGAUGGCACUUCUUGGCGCAAAUAUAAUAGUACACAACUUUUAUACGCAUUCGGCAUUUGUUCAGGUCCAGAGAAGAUCAUCUCAUACCCUUGGUUCCCUGUUUCAUGACCACCUUUUCUCUAUAUUAUUUAUAUUUACUGGGAUUUACCUUGUGAAUUAUAUUCUCCUGAGUUCAGCCGCAGAUGAAUCCAGUGAGACAGUGGUCAUGAACUUUCAAGAUGCUACAGAGCUAAUGCACCAGAUAUUCACAAAUCCUGCAGGACCAAUUGUGCUAUUAGUGAUCCUUCUCUUUUCAAGCCAUAUCAUCUCAUUGACAUGCAUUGUUAGUGGUGAAGUAAUUUCAGAGAACUUCUUUGGUGUUAAACUGCCGCUUUCGGCACAUCAUCUGCUACCUAAGGGUCUGGCCAUGGUUCUUAAUAUCUAUUUUGCGAAGGUUGCUGGUCCUGAAGGGAUAUAUCAGUUACUUAUUAUGUGCCCAGUUAUCCAGGCUAUGCUUCUUCCUUCAUCGAUUAUACCCAUUUUACGUGUUUCCUCGUCAAGAUUAUUGAUGGGAAGAUACAGGAUAGCUUUAUGUAUUGAAAUCUUUGCCUUCCUCGCAUUCCUUCUUGUGGUGUUCACAAAUAUAAUUUUCACAGCAGAAAUUAUGUUUGGUACUAGCACUUGGACAAACAACCUGAAAGGAGAUACUGGAAGCCCUGCUAUACUUCCAUAUUCUGUUGUAGUCCUAAUUUCAUGUGCAUCGAUUGGAUUUACACUGUUACUUGCUGUUACUCCACUAAAAUCAGCAAGUAAUGAAGCUCAGACUCAUUUAUCGUCCAUGCACUCACAAAGAGGAGCUUUAGGCACUACUCAGAGAGAAGCAACAUCUCUGAAAAAAUUUGAGCAUGAAGAAGUUCAGAGCUGUUCUGUUGGAGCUGUUCUUAUGGGUUCAUCGGAAGGUCAUAAGAAGUCAGUCCAUCUGCGGAGAACUUUAUCUGGAUAAUUGUGCAGAUGAAGAAAUUAAGGGGUCCUCUGUUGAUGCUGUUCCAAGGGAUUCAUUGGAGGGUCUUCAGAAGUCAACUUUUGAGAUUAAGUAUGAUUCGGACGCCUCUGAUGGUGGCGCCGAGCAAUUUGUGGAUAGAUUGAAGCUGAACCAUCACCAUCUAUAACCAAUGAGGAGCCAAAAUCAGUUGUGUAGUGGAUGCAACCAGUUCCAGAGGUUUGUGCUAUCAUCGUACCAGUACCAUACCAUAGUGUUUCAGAAAAUUUCGAGAUGAAGCCCUCAAAUGAAAAAGGUGGUUAAACAAGAAGGUGAAGGUAACUCAGAUGAAGGGGAAAUAGAUGAGCUCUUAACUAGACAUUCAACCUGUUGAUGCCCUUCCUGUUAUAGUGUGUUCCUAUAUUAUCCAUGUAUGUGGUUGCCGCUCCAUUAGGAUUAGGGUUUCCAUAGGUGUAUAUAUGUAACCAUUCUCUAUUGGAUUAGGGUUUCCAUAGGUGUAUAUAUGUAACCAUUCUCUAUGCAAUGGAAGUGUAAUCUCAAUCUGUUACAUGGUAUAAGAGCUAGGUCUUCUCUGGCGCC